AUGGCACUGAGGGAGGGCGCAGCCCCGGGGCAGGCGCCUGGGAGAUGGGGGUUGAUCCCGGGUGACUCCUGGCGCCUCCCGAGUCUGCCUUCUUACCCUCCGGCCUCCACUGGAAACAGCGAACAACAAAGGCGCGUGCACGAGCCUGAUCGUGCUUCGAUUAGGUCUUCACUGCCCCUAAAUAAACCUUGGAAAAAAAAACCCGGUUCGUACGUCAGCGCGCCGCUCAGAACCAAUGCUGGAGGUAGCCCCUUAAUUUUUAUUUUUAAACGCACUUCAGACGCCAGGGUUGCCUUCGCCGACCAGCAAACCCUCAGCCUGGCGGGUGCGAUGAGCUGCUGUCCGCCGGUAGCCCGGACGGUCGGACCGGGCCACCCCGCUUCGGAAGGCCUCCGAGUGCGGCCGGUGGGGUUUGUGUCGGGGCCUGGCUUUCUUGCGGUAGCCAGGUUACGGUUUCCGAUUCGUGUCGGGGAAGAUUGCAAUGGACCUUUAUGUGAAACUAUUUCAACUACAGGAUCAGAAGUCCCAAGCAGCUCUGAGAUUGAUAAAAGACAUCAAAGCAAAGAUUCUAUUUUCUUCAGGGAUGGUGUCAGGAGAAUUGAUUUUGUUCUCUCCUAUGUGGAUGAUCUUAAUAAGGAAUGGGAAAAAAAGUUGGAAAGAAGAAAAGAAUUUGAGAGCAAUCUGCAAAAAGCUGGUUUGGAACUAGAAACGGAAGAUAAAAAGGAAUCUGAAGACGGCAAGAUUUAUUUUGUGAAGAUCCAUGCCCCGUGGGAGGUUCUGAUCACGUAUGCAGAAGUGCUGAACAUUAAAGUUCCUAUCAAGGAAAAUGACAUUCCCUCAACAGUGGAGAACCCCCUGGACUGUAUGCUUGCACCGCUCAGGCUUCCUGAGAAGGUCAUGCACCCUGAACCGGAUUAUUUCACGGCUCCAUUCAGCAAGGAUAAGCAGGAGCUGUACCUCAUUAAUGACGAGAGCACUUUCUUCUCACCAUCCAUGAGAAACAGAAUAGUUAAUUAUAUUCUUACACGUUGCCCUUAUGGAACGGAAGAAGGGAAGAAGAAAUUUGGGAUUAAGAGACUGCUAAAUAAUGGCACCUAUUCAGCUGCAUAUCCUCUUCAUGAUUGCCAGUACUGGAAGAAGGCAAAUGAUCCAAACUGUGACAACGAGAGAUACACGCUGUACAUGGAGUGGGCCCGUUUCUUGCGGUUCUACAAAGAACAGCCUUUGGACCUCAUCAGGAAGUACUAUGGUGAGAAGAUUGGAAUCUAUUUUGCCUGGCUAGGAUUUUACACUGAGAUGUUAUUCCUUGCAGCAGUUGUUGGCUUAAUCUGUUUUCUUUAUGGCUUGUUUACAAUGGAUGAAAAUAUGAGCAGCAAAGAAAUCUGUGACCCUGCAAUUGGAGGAGAGAUCAUCAUGUGCCCUCUUUGUGACCGAGAGUGUGAGUACUGGAGACUAAACACCACCUGUCAGUCCUCAGAGUAUUCCCAUUUGUUUGACAACGUGGCAACUCUCUUUUUUGCCAUUUUCAUGGGCAUAUGGGUUACACUUUUCUUGGAGUUUUGGAAGAGACGACAAGCUAGGCUGAAAUAUGAGUGGGACUUGGUUGAUUUUGAAGAGGAACAGCAACAACUCCAGCUGAGGCCUGAGUACGAGGCAAAAUGUACCCAAAAGAAGAAGAAUCCUGUAACUCAGGAGAUGGAGCCUUAUUUGCCUGUAACUAGCCAGGCUGUGCGGUUCUGCAUCUCGGGAACUACAGUGUUGUUCUGGGUCUCUCUGAUUAUAGCUAGCAUGAUAGCUGUGAUCGUGUAUCGUCUUGCGGUGUAUGCUGCCUUUGCCAGCCUGAUGGAGAACACCCAAAGCUUACAGCCCAUCAGCGGACUACUGACCCCUCAGCUGGCAACUUCAGUCACAGCCUCAUGCCUGAAUUUUGUCAUCAUCAUGAUACUGAAUUUCUUAUAUGAGAGGAUAGCCAUCUGGAUUACAGAUAUGGAGAUCCCCAGAACUCAUAUGGAGUAUGAGAACAGGCUGACUAUGAAAAUGUUUCUGUUCCAGUUUGUCAACUACUAUUCAUCCUGCUUCUACGUGGCCUUCUUCAAAGGGAAGUUUGUUGGUUACCCAGGUGCCUACACAUACAUGUUCAAUCGCUGGCGAAAUGAAGAGUGUGAUCCUGCAGGCUGUUUGAUAGAACUGACGACACAGCUCACCAUAGUCAUGGCUGGCAAACAGAUCUGGGGAAAUAUCCAAGAGGCCAUUGUACCCUGGAUUUGUAACUGGUGGGGACGCCGGAAAGCCAGAAGUAAUCCAGAAAAUUUAUACAGUCGCUGGGAGCAAGACCAUGAUCUGCAGACAUUUGGAGCCUUAGGCCUGUUCUAUGAAUAUCUAGAAAUGGUCAUUCAGUUUGGAUUCAUUACUCUCUUCGUGGCAUCCUUUCCCCUGGCUCCCCUCCUUGCUCUGAUGAAUAAUAUCCUGGAGAUUCGAGUAGACUCCUGGAAGUUAACCACUCAGUACAGGAGACCUGUGGCUGCGAAAGCACAUAGCAUAGGAGUUUGGCAAGAAAUCCUGAACGGAAUGGCCAUCUUGUCUGUUGUCACUAAUGCUUUUAUUGUUGCAUUCACAUCGGAUAUGAUUCCUCGUUUAGUUUACUACUAUGCUUAUUCUGAAAGUGAAGACUCUCCUAUGUCUGGAUACAUAAACAAUAGUUUGUCAGUGUUUCAAAUCUCAGAUUUUCCUGACAGAAACAGGCCUAAACUGAACCCAGAAAACUUUGUCAUAUGCAGGUACAGAGACUAUCGAUAUCCUCCAGAUCAUGAGCGGAGAUACGUACACACUAUGCAGUUCUGGCACAUUCUUGCUGCAAAACUGGCCUUUAUAAUUAUUAUGGAGCAUGUUGUAUUCAUCGUCAAAUUCUUUGUAGCAUGGAUGAUUCCUGAUGUCCCUGCAGACGUGAAAGCCAAAAUAAAACGUGAAAAGUAUUUAACACAGAAAAUCCUACAUGAAUAUGAACUUGAAAAAUUGAAGGAAAGACUGUGUCAAGGUGAUAAACGAGCCACGGAAAAGGAGUUCAUCGCCACGGAAGGGAGAAUGGAGUUAUCCAGAGCGAUGUAGCUGAAAAAACAACUGCUUGGGAUUUAGCUCAUUUUAGCUUUUUUAUAUCUGUGAUUUGCUCAGUAUGCAUCGUCUUGAAAGCUUAGGACAGUUUCAACCCUUCGCUUUCACUCCAAAGAUUUUAGACUUUUCUUUAAAAGUCUUACUGAGCAUUCUAGGUUUAGUCAAUCUAUUUAACUGUAUGACUUCGGCACUGUUUUGUAUUUACCCGUCACUUUGAAUAAUAAGUGUAAUCUUGUAAUCCUAGAAUUUGGAUUCC